AUGCAGCGACAGUCCAGUAACUACAUCAGUGUGUGAUGUUACAACUUUUCUGUGUAAAAUAAAACCUCUUCAAUGGGCUUAUUAUUGCCCUUAGCGGGUCCCCUUGAUACUGCUAAUGUGAAGUGACCCCUGCUAUCAUGCCUCCAGCCAUGGCUCAGAUCAGUGAUCCAAAGAUUGCAUUUGCAUAUCUGCGCCCAGCCUGUGUCCUGCUCACCCGAGAGCCAACUGUGAACAAUGUGGAGACACUGAGUGCCCAGUUGAAGGAAGUCAAUGAUGCCACAUUGCAGCAGCUCCAAGAGUAUGUCCUCUUCCCUCUUCGCUUUGUCCUUAAAGUCCCCGGGCCCAAGAAGGACAAACUGGUGCAAACUGUGGUUGAGGCCAUGAGUCACGUCCUGGAGAACACUUGUGUCCAGAGCUGGGACACCCUCCAAGGCCUCCUGUCAGAGCUUUGUCUGUGCCUGUGCUCUCCAGCCGAUCCUGGGAAACCUGCAGAUACAUCGGAGGAGCUGAAAUCGGCUGUGCUGAGGUGCCUGGAUGCUCUGCUUCAUGCUGCUUACGGUGAUAUUAUCUUUAAACUCUUUGAACCCAUCAUGCUGCCAGGACUUGGAGCUGCCAUAUCGCUGCUGUUGGCUUUAGGAGAGAAGGCGAAAUCUCGAGAUAUACAGGCAGCAGCACUGAAGUGCCUCCAGGCUUUGACUCUGCAGUGUGACUGCACUCAGGAGCACAUAUCCCCGUCCUCAGAGGAGAGACGCGCUAUAGGCAGAACCAUGUCUUCAUUUUUGCCUGGGAUCACUGUGGUUGGAGCCAGGAUCAUAACAGGAGAUCUGAGACAAGGCCAUGCAGUCACAGUCAGAGCCAUCAAGGUGUGGUCCAGGACUGUGGGGCUUGUCAUGGAAGAUGCCCAGCUUCAGGCUAGUGAGCCUUGCACGACUCCCUCUGCAGACCUGGGGAGAAUCGGACAGCUGGUGGUCCAUCGGACACAAGACUGGGUGAAGAGCACCGUGGAGAAACUGUCUGUGCUCCUGAAGAAGAUCAUCUCCUGCACCUCGGCUCAUCAGCACUGGAAGGUUAGACUAGAGAUGGUGGAGAUGGAUGACCACCUGCUGGCCAGGUGCAGCCAGACACUGGGAGAGUGUGUGGGACUGCUACUGGAAGCUCUGGUGGGAGCAGUCAAUGAUGAGGAGCCCAGAGUCAGAAACAGGUGUGAAGUCGCUCUCAGAGAGGUAUCACAGAGGAAUCAGAGCAGCAGCGGUGCUCAGACCUUCACUGACGUGCUUUCAGAGAAUCUCCACUCUUUGGCCACCUCCAUGCCCAGACUGAUGAGGACCUCCGAUGACCAGAAGAAGCUGUUUGUCCUCAACGUGUUUCUGGGUUAUUUAAAGGUCCUGGGGCCAAAGGUCUCCGUGGUGCUAAACUCAGCUGCACACCUCGAGAGGAUUUCCAAAGCCUUGAUGCAGGUGCUGGAGCUGGAUGUGAUGGAUGUUCGCAUUGUGGAAGAAAGGAGUUACACUGCCACCAUGGAGACGAGCUCAGGCCCUCAUGAUUCUGACAGUACUCACGUACAGAGGAAGCAUUUUCUCUACUUCACAGAUGAGAAGAUCUUCUGUGUGCUCAUGGAGAUCUGUCGAACACUGGGUUACUAUGGCAACAUUUACCUGCUGACAGAUCACUUCCUGGAUCUGUACCAACAGUCUUCAGCAUACAGGAAGCAGGCUGCCAUGGUGCUAAAUGAGAUUGUCAGGGGUGCUGCAGGCAUAGCUGUAGCAACAGAAGGUCAAGGUUUAGAGAGUCAGGUUCGGGGACUCUCUGCCACCCAGGAAGACCUGAAAGGGGCAGUGGUGUCUGUGAUGGAGGAAUACACCAGUCUGCAGAACUGGCACUUGAUAACUGUCAGUGAGGAGACAGAGAGAGACCGACAGGACCAACAGCUGCUCAGCCCAUCCAGACUCCUGUCCAUAUCCAACAGUAAUGCCAGCAGCACUGAUGCAAACUGUCUUCAAGUCAUUCCUUCUUCAUCUGGCUCCUCGUCAGCCUCGUCGUCCACACCCACAAUCCACCAGCUCAACAGCAACAUCUGGCAGCUGUGUAUCCAACUGGAGGGCGUUGCCUGCUUCGCUCAGGCCCUGGGGCGUGACUUUCGUCCCUUGUUGAUGACAUCGCUGUACCCCGUAAUGGAGAAAGCUGGGGAGGAGACGCUGCUCGUCAGCCAGGCAGCGCUGGCCUCCAUGUGGGACAUCAGUAUGGCCUGUGGCUACACCUCCCUGAAGGAGCUGAUCAAUGAGAACUCAGACUACCUGCUCAAUGACAUAUCACUUAACCUGCAGAGGCUCAGCCAGCAUCCACAGGCUCCACGGGUGUUGACAGUGAUGUUAACUCACUCAGACUGCAGCCUGCUGCCUCUGGUUGGCGACAUCGUUCAGGAUGUGCUGAUGGCUCUGGAUCUCAGCUACGACCACACAGCUGCUCUUUUCUGCUCUGUGCUACACGCGCUCAUGAAGGCACUGGCGAGGUGGUUUCCCUCCGGUUGUGAAAGGACCAGCAAAUCUGCCAGACCGAAGCAGACCUCCACGGCCAAAGAAGUCCUCAAUAUCCGCCAAUUCCUGCUGGAUCAUCGCAAACAGAAAGAGCUGGCAGAGGGCAUUGGAAUAGAGGAGGACGACAAUGAAGACUUAGAAGUCCCUCCUCCCACAGAAUGUGAGGAUGUUGAAGAUCUUGUUGGUCCUGAUGUGAAAGAAGAGCUUCCCUCCCACCUCAGCAUCACUAAAGACGUUAUGGAGCGCUGCAUUCAUCUGCUGUCUGACCCCAGUCUCAAGCUCCGGCUCAAGGUUUUGGACGUGCUGGAGCUAUGUGUGUGUGUACUGAGUGAGAAGGAAAAUGAAUUGCUGCCUAUGGCCCAUCGCUGCUGGCCCGCCCUCCUCCAGAGACUCACAACUGAUGACCCUUUAGCGGUCCUCAGAGCCUUCAGGGUGCUGUGUACGCUAGGUGAGACAUGUGGCGACUUCCUGAGGAGGAGGGUUUCUAAAGAGAUUCUGCCCAAGCUGAGCUCCUCUCUGGCACGACAGGCUCCGAUCAGCGCCAAGGCCGGACCCGUCUACACACACACCCUGGCUUACAAACUGCAGCUGGCUGUACUGCAGGGCCUGGGCUCACUGUGCCAGAGGCUGGACCUGGGGGAGGCAGACCUGGAUGCUGUUUGCGAGGCUAGCCUGCCCUACCUGAGCUGUAGACAGCCCAUCAGACUGCAAGAGGCCAGCCUAAGCGUUUUCCGACACUUAAUCCAGGUGGAUCCGGAUGCCUUCUGGUUUACUCUGAAUGAGCUGCACUGCCUGUCCCCCUACAUCCCGCCCCACCCCGACCUCCAGCCCGUACAGCUGAGCGGCAUGGGUCGACCGAGAGACGAGUACUCGGACAACGUGCUGAAGCUGCUGAGGGAGGAGUUUGGCGCCGCCGCUGAGACAGAGCUAAUAAGCUAGUGACUGAUGUGAUUGACUCGCCUCUCAAAUGGACAGCUUAUUGAACCACUGGCUCCAGCGAGUCAGUGGAUUGAAAGAAAAUCUCACAAUUGUGCCAAAAGCAGCGAUCUGAUAUGGUUGUGAUAACCUUCAUGCUGUACAUGGCUCUGAUUAGCAGCGAGGUACAAAAGGAGUAUGUCACUGAAGCAUCUGCACUGCUGUUCACUCUGCCGCUGCAGGUGUAGAAACCAGGACCCCUUCUGACACGUCUUCUGCAUCAGGAGACAUGCAGUGACAGAGUUUUUCAUUUCAUGUGAAGGCACUGACGUACACUCUAUGCAAAUGUAAUGUUUGCGAUUCCUUUUUAUGUUAUUUCUUUAUUUUCUUAAGAAAUGCCUUAUUCCUCACCUCCUGGCUGGUUUGAAUUAUUCAGCCUGUAGUUUCAGGGUAGUUCUGAACAAGUGGGGCUUUAAUACAGAUGAACUUGAUGGCUGUUGUUGACCCAGAUGUGGAAUUUUUUCAUGACCCUGAAACAUUCAUAAUGAAAAUAAUCGCCAAAAUACUGUAAUAUUAAAACAUAUUUUUUAUUAUCAUGCGUCAUUGCAAUGAAACCUCACGGUGUUCAUCACUCGAGAACAGGGAUGGAUUUCUUAAUCUGUGCGUCACUGGUACA